AUGCCAAAAGGAUAAAAUAGUAGAAGUUAAAGCAAAUCAGGAAAAAGUAAAUAUUUUGAUAACUAAUUUAUUAGAAAGUGGAUAAGCUACAAAAAAAAUAAAGAAAUAAGUUUAAGCUGCUGCUUCUCCUGCAAAGGUUGAUGUUGCAACAACAGGAGCAGCACCAAAAACUCCAGUUGCAUCAGCUUCGAAAAAGUCUGCAAAAAAAUCAACUCAAAAAAGUACAUAGAAAAGCACAUAGAAAUCAGUAAAGAAGAGUGGAGCUAAGAACUCAGUUAAAAAAGGUAGUGCUUAAAAAAGUGAAAAGAAAGCAUGA